AUGGCAUAUGACCGAUAUGUCGCCAUCUGCCAACCACUGCACUAUGAGAGAAUAAUGAACAGCAGAGCUUGUGUUCAAAUGGCAGCUGUUGCCUGGAUCAGUGGGAUUCUCCACUCUGUGCUACACACUGGGAACACGUUUGCAUUGACCUUCUGUGGAGGCAACAUGGUGGAUCAGUUCUUCUGUGAAAUCCCCCAGCUACUCAAGCUCACCUGUUCUGACUCAUAUCUGACUGAAGUUAGGGUUAUUGCUUUUAGUAUGUGUUUGUUCUUUGGCUGCUUUAUUUUUAUCGCUGUGUCGUAUGUUCAGAUCUUCAAAUCAGUGUUGAGAAUCCCCACUGAGCAAGGCCGGCAUAAAGCCUUCUCCACCUGCCUCCCUCAGGUCAUUGUGGUCUCCUUGUUUGUUUGCAGUUCUAGCUUUGCCUAUCUGAAACCCACCUCCAGCUCCCCAUCUGCUCUGGAUCUUGUGGUGGCUGUUCUCUAUUCUGUAUUGUCAUCAGUCAUGAAUCCAAUUAUCUACAGCAUGAGGAACAAGGAGAUCAAAGCUGCCCUGAGGAGACUGACUGAGUACGAUAGGAGGCUGUUCCAGUGGCUGUCAGGCAGCCUGGCUGUUCAGCUCAAGCUGUAG